AUGAGUAACAGCAAAGAGUCUCAGCCUGAAGUUGUACAGCUCUGCUUUGAGAACAUCAAUGGGUCCUGCAUUCAGACUCCCUACUCCCCAGGACCCCGAGUCAUCCUCUACCUAGACUUCAGCUCUGGGGUUCUGCUGGCUGUCUUGGGAAACCUCCUCGUCAUGAUUUCAAUCCUUCACUUCAAGCAGCUGCACUCUCCUGCCAAUUUUCUCAUUGCCUCCUUGGCUUGUGCUGACUUUUUGGUGGGAGCCACUGUGAUGCCCUUCAGCAUGGUGAGGUCGGUGGAGAGUUGCUGGUACUUUGGGGAGAGUUUUUGUAAAUUGCACUCUUCUUUUGAUAUGUCAUUUUGUUAUUCUUCCAUUUUUCACUUGUGUUUCAUCUCCAUUGAUAGAUACAUUGCUGUCACUGACCCUCUGGGCUAUCCAACCAAAUUCACUCUGCCAGUUUCCGGAAUUUGCAUUACAUUCUCCUGGCUCCUUACCAUUACAUUUAGUUUUUCACUUCUUUACACAGGUGUCAAUGACGAUGGGCUGGAGGAAUUAGUAAGUGCACUCACCUGUGUGGGAGGUUGUCAGAUUGCUAUGAAUCAAACGUGGGUACUAGUAGACUUUUUCUUGUUCUUCAUUCCAACUCUGGUUAUGGUCACUCUUUAUUGUAAGAUUUUUCUAGUAGCUAAACAACAGGCUAGAAAGAUUGAAAGUAUGAACAGCAAAACUGAGUCCUCCUCAGAAAGUUACAAAGCCAGAGUGUCCAAGAGGGAGAGAAAAGCAGCAAAAACACUGGGCAUUGCAGGGAUUGCAUUUCUGAUUUCAUGGUUCCCAUAUUUUAUUGAAUCAAUAAUUGAUGCUUUCCUAGGGUUCAUCAUCCCAACCUAUAUUUUUGAAAUUUUAGUUUGGUUUACCUAUUAUAACUCAGCCGUGAACCCUUUGAUUUAUGCUUUCUUUUACCCUUGGUUUCGAAGAGCAAUUAAAAUGAUUGUCACUGGGAAAGUCUUCAGAGGUCACUCUUCAACAACAUAUUUGUUUUCUGAACAAAUUAAAGUUUUAGAUAAGGAACAAAGUUAA